UUAAAAUUACACGGAGCCAUAGCCGGUAGAAAGGGAAACCCUAAACCCCCUUUUUAUUUGGUGUCAACCUUCUCUCAACUCUCUUCUGACUUGCAAGCUUCUUUCUUUCUUUCUUUGCUUUUUUUGAUUGAAUCCAAAUCGAAAUUGAAAGAUGGAUGAAGAGUACGAUGUGAUCGUUUUGGGUACUGGCCUCAAAGAAUGCAUCCUCAGUGGUCUUCUCUCUGUCGAUGGCCUCAAGGUUCUUCAUAUGGAUAGGAAUGACUAUUACGGAGGAGAAUCCACUUCCCUUAAUCUUAAUCAGCUAUGGAAGAAGUUCAGGGGAGAAGACAAGCCCCCUGCGCAUUUGGGUUCAAGCAGAGACUACAAUGUUGAUAUGAUCCCUAAGUUUAUGAUGGCAAAUGGAACAUUGGUGAGGGUUCUCAUACACACUGAUGUCACUAAGUAUCUCUAUUUCAAAGCUGUGGAUGGAAGCUAUGUCUUUAAUAAAGGAAAGGUUUACAAGGUGCCAUCAAAUGAUGUGGAGGCCUUGAAAUCCCCACUCAUGGGUUUGUUUGAAAAGCGUCGAGCACGCAAGUUUUUCAUCUAUGUUCAAAAUUAUGAGGAGAGUGAUCCUAAAACUCAUGAGGGGAUGGACUUGACAAGAGUGUCUACCAGAGAACUGAUAGAAAAAUAUGGCCUCAGUGAUGACACUGUUGACUUCAUCGGUCAUGCUAUUGCCCUUCAUAGAGAUGAUCGCUAUUUGGAUCAGCCAGCACUGGACACCGUGAAGAGAAUGAAGUUAUAUUCUGAGUCUCUAGCACGCUUUCAAGGAGGAUCACCUUACAUAUAUCCUUUGUAUGGUUUAGGAGAGCUUCCCCAGGCAUUUGCACGUCUUAGUGCUGUGUAUGGUGGAACAUAUAUGUUGAAUAAACCUGAAUGCAAGGUAGAAUUUAAUGAGGAAGGAAAGGUUAUAGGGGUAACAUCUGAAGGUGAAACUGCAAAGUGUAAAAAAGUUGUUUGUGAUCCGUCAUACUUGCCGAACAAGGUGAGGAAGGUUGGAAGGGUUGCAAGGGCAAUAGCCAUCAUGAGCCACCCAAUCCCCAACACUGGUGAUUCCCAUUCAGUGCAAAUUAUUCUACCUCAGAAGCAGUUGGGACGGAAGUCUGACAUGUAUGUGUUUUGCUGUUCGUACACUCACAACGUUGCCCCCAAAGGAAAAUUUAUUGCAUUUGUAUCAGCAGAGGCAGAGACUGAUAAUCCUGAGUGUGAACUAAGGGCAGGAAUUGAACUUCUAGGACCAGUUGAUGAGAUAUUUUUCGAUAUAUAUGACAGAUAUGAACCAGUCAAUGAACCCUCUUUGGACAACUGCUUUAUAUCAACUAGUUAUGAUGCUACUACUCACUUUGAGUCAACAGUAGUGGACGUUCUCAACAUGUAUACAUUGAUAACUGGAAAGGUUGUUGACCUCAGUGUGGAUCUAAGUGCUGCUAGUGCUGCUGAAGAGUAAAGAGAGGACACUGGAUUUAUCAAGUUCUGUUGCUGGUGUAUGAAAUGUAUUAUCUAUUUGGCAACUGUUAUUAACGUUUAUAAUAAGUACUUUAUGCUGUGGUUUUCAAAAGAAAAAGAAAAAAGAAGUAAACAGUGAAGGUCGACUUGUAAAACGCUUACCCAAGCACACUUCGUGGGGUUGUCCAUGGUACUACAUUUAUACAUUUAUGUUCUUAUA